AUGACUAGUUUGGACGAUACAAUAAUUUCGUACCAGAAUAUAAUGUUACUGGAUAACAUGACCAACUACAACAAGCCUGCGAUUGACUAUUUCCAUCAUGAAUUUAAUGAUGCAAGCUUGGAAAUAUCGGCUUCAUGGACACUACUAUUGAAGAUGCGCAAACAUAAACUACUUCGAUUACCAAGUUGCUCUUCAGAGGACGUGCUAGAUUACAACAUGUACCUCGUUAGGCUACAUCAUUGCCUCUGGAGGCGUUGGUCCAUAAAUCACUAUGGUUUACAGAACUCCAAAUCCAAUCCACUGUCCAUCAACUGGAACAAAGAAACCGAUGUAACGGUGUUGUACGGUCCAGAUUUGACUAACAUAGAUAGUAAUGAAAACGAAAUAUCGCCGGUCCAGAACCAAAUUGACCAGAAACAAACAAAAAAUCUAAAAUCUGCUUUAAAGAAAAAUACGGAAUGCUGGGUAACCGAGGAGGUGGAUGAGAUUAACGCUUCUAUAGAGAGCAAUGACAACGCUUUGGUGAAAUUAGAAGACAUUUCAUGCCCAUCGUCUGUUGAUUCUCACACGUCUUCCAUUUUCGACCAGCAUUCUACAUGCACUAAAAUUUCCUCCAUAGAUGAAGAUUCUGAAGACCUUAUGAACGAAAAGAAGGAACAAUUCCCCAGGAAGUUGAAGUUUAACCAAGCCGUGAUGAAGAGGGAGAUCGACUCAAAGGGGACUAUCCGCGAAUCCCUCAUCAACAUAAACGAUAUCCAACAUUCCCGCCACCAUCGCCGUCACCAUCGUCGCCAUCAUCACCAUCACCAUCAAAAUAGUUCUCAUUCUGAUGAAACAAUAAAAGAAGCUCAUUAUGAGUUCAGCAACUAUACAUUUGGCACUAUGGAAGAAGACAUUUUUUAUAGGAACCAGGUUGUUUUUUAA